UGGGACGGGGCCGGGCGGAAGUGGAAGUGGCCGUGGGUCGCGGCGGGGAAGAGGAAUGACCAGGCACCUGAGGCCAGAGAUGUUUUGGCACAAGUCAUAAACACUUAGAUACGGCUCCUCAUCCUCAAAAUGUUGUACUUUGCCUUUGCCAGCUGGCUGCUGCCAUGGAUAUACCAGUCUUCAUACUUGCGGGGCUCCUUGUGCAUUGUGUGUUCUUGGUCUCCAUUUUUGACAUCUACUUCAGCUCUCCCCUUGUCCAUGGAAUGACUCCUCAUCAGACUCCAUUGCCACCUCCGGCAAAACGUCUCAUUCUUUUUGUUGCUGAUGGUCUGCGAGCAGAUUCUCUGUAUGAACUGGACAGCAAUGGCAUGCCUCGGGCACCUUACCUGCGGAGUAUUCUAGAAAAUAAUGGCAGCUGGGGAAUCUCUCACACCCGGGUCCCGACAGAAUCCAGGCCAGGGCACGUUGCACUUAUUGCUGGAUUUUAUGAAGAUGUCAGUGCAGUUGCUAAAGGAUGGAAGGAGAAUCCAGUGGAAUUUGAUUCUGUUUUCAAUGAAAGUAAAUAUACCUGGAGCUGGGGAAGCCCAGAUAUUUUGCCAAUGUUUGCAAAGGGUGCUACUGGAGAUCAUGUUUUUACAUUUUGUUAUGCAGCAGAAAGUGAGGACUUUGGAGCAGAAGAUGCAGCCAAGCUUGAUAUAUGGGUUUUUGAUCAUGUUAAGAGCUUCUUUAAUUCUUCCAGAAGCAAUCAGACAUUGUUCUCUGCACUGAAUGAAGACAGAGUGAUUCUGUUCCUGCAUUUACUAGGCAUAGACACCAAUGGACAUGCUCAUCGGCCAAACUCAAGGGAAUACCAGGACAAUAUUAAACAAGUGGAUGAGGGUGUGAAAGAAAUUGCUUCACUGAUUGACAGCUUCUAUGGAAAUGAUGGAAAAACUGCAUUUAUUUUAACUUCUGAUCAUGGAAUGACAGACUGGGGAUCCCAUGGAGCUGGUCAUCCCUCAGAAACUUUAACACCACUGAUUGUUUGGGGUGCUGGGGUAAAUUAUCCACAGAAAGUUACAUCCCAGUUCUUUGAAGACAAUUUUUUGAAAGAAUGGAAACUGGAGAACUUGAAGAGGCUUGAUGUCAAUCAGGCUGAUAUAGCGCCACUGAUGGCUUCCCUUAUCGGUGUGCCUUUCCCCCUGAACUCUGUGGGAACUCUGCCUCUGGAGUAUCUGAACAGUAGUGAUCUUUAUAAAGCAGAGAGCAUGUUUACCAACGCUGUUCAGAUUCUUGAGCAAUUUAAGGUUAAGAUGAGUCAGAAAAAGGAAACUACAUUAUCAUUUCUGUUCACACCAUUCAAACCACUUUCUGCUUCUGAACAGAUCAACUUUUUUAAAAAAAUAAGACUAUAUAUUCAGCAGCAGAAGUACGAUGAAGCGGUAUCCCUGUGCAAAACCCUGAUUAACCUUGCUUUGGAAGGCUUGUCUUACUACCAUACGUAUGAUAGAUUAUUCCUGGGUCUAAGUAUUGCAGUGGGUUUUGUGGGCUGGACAACUUAUGUGAUUUUGGUCAUUAUCAAGGCCCAUACCAAUUUGACCAAGACUGUCCCAACUAAUAAAAAGAAAUCUACCAUUCUUUUCUAUGGCUUUGCCUCUGCUGGAAUGAUAAUAGCUUUUUUCCUGUUGAUUCAAAAAUGUCCUUGGACAUAUUAUAUAUACUGCCUCUUGCCAGUGCCAGUAUGGUAUGCAGUUGUGAAAGAAAUUCCUGUCAUUCGAGACCUUGCUGCAAAUGUUUUGUUACUUCAUUUUGGUCAAUCUAUAGGAUUCCUCUUGGUUUGUAUACUGGGAAUUGAAAUACUAGUCUUCAGCUUUUUCUACCGCUCUGCACUUACUGUUGGUCUUCUUGUCUUUGCUGGCUGGCCAGUGAUCACACAGCUGUGGAUUCAAGCUAAGACAAAAGCAUUGAUCUGGACUUUCCUGUGUGUGCUCCUGGCAAUAUUUCCAUUAAUGCCUGUUGUAGGAAGAGAACCAAAUAUUCCUCUGGUAAUAGCAGCUGGUUUGCUGACCCUCUUGAUAGCUUUCUUCUCGUUGGCAUCUCUUUGUAAAAGUGAAAAUAAGUACAGAGAUAAUGAAGAUCUGAAAGUGUAUUUUUAUCAGAUGUUCAGCGUUGCACUUUCAACCUAUGUUGUAGGCAGUACCCAUAACAGUCUUAAGAUCAAACAGGGAUUACCAGUAAUGAAUCAAAUUAUUAGCUGGAUGAUGCUAGUUUCCUCCCCAGUGUUGCUGCUACUGAGCCCCACGUUUCUCUUUGAGAGACUGUUCAGCAUAUUGCUCUCCCUGAUGUCCACCUACCUACUCCUCAGCACAGGAUAUGAAGCUCUGUUUCCACUGGCACUGUUUGGUUUGAUGUUUGUGUGGAUAAAUAUGGAACAAGAAGCACUGCAGCACUAUGGUCUUUCACUCAAACCGAGGCUUGCUGUUUUCAACUUCACUUGUGCUAUGGAUAUAACUCAGUUUCGACAGCUCCACCUGGAUGAUGUCCGGAGGUCCUUCUUUUUUGUUUUCUUCAUAGUGACAGCCUUUUUUGGCACUGGAAACAUAGCUUCUAUUAACAGUUUUGAUCCUGCUUCUGUCUAUUGUUUCUUGACUGUGUUCAGUCCCUUCAUGAUGGGAGGCUUACUUUUACUGAAGGUUGCAAUCCCAUUUGUUCUGGUGUCAUGUGCUUUUGAAGCUGUUCAAGUCACAACACAGCUGUCUUCUAAGAGCCUUUUCCUCAUUGUGCUUGUGAUUUCAGACAUUAUGGCUCUGCAUUUUUUCUUUUUGGUUAAAGAUUAUGGAAGCUGGCUGGAUAUUGGCACAAGCAUCAGCCACUAUGUGCUGGUGAUGUCACUGACCAUAUUUAUGAUGGUGAUGAAUGGACUGGCCCAGCUGUUAACUACACAGAGACUUGGACUUCCCAGAAGGACUAAGCACCAUUCAACGUGAUAAAGCAUCCUCAGGUUUCCUCUGAACCAACCUCCAACUCUGGAAUGUAAACAAGGGUUAAUGGAUUAGAGUGCCAAAACCCCUGUCUAUCCAUCUGAGUGCUGUGCUGAUACAGAUUAAAUGCUGUCACAUGACUGAAAUUUGCAUUUGAGGGUUGCCAUUUAGACACCAAUGGGAAUAAAAAAACCUCUUUUUAUUCUUCAAGUUUA